AUGUCUUCUCAAUUCGUCGCCCUGCCGCAAAGUGUUCUUUCCGGUAUCUUUGCUCAACUCUUUCACGACGAUUAUGCGGCGUUCCACGCGCUUCGAGUUGUGUGCCGCGCAAGCAGAAGUUCUUCUGAGGAGUUUCUAUUUCGCGAGAUUACGCUUGCAGGUGUGAACGACGUUGAAACAACAAUCCUACAGGGAACGCGAAUGUCAGGUAAGGCGACCGGCGAAAAAAUAAGAUGCAUUCGAGUCAGACCCGUCCGAUAUGAUCCUGAGAUUUGCGAAAAGCUCGUAACGUUACUGGUAGACUGCUGGAGUCAUUUGGUGCAGCUACAGAGACUAUCAUGGGAGACUCCGAACCCCUUCCCGCCUUCAUUGCAGGCACUGUUGGUAGAUCGCCCUAAUAUGCGACUUACCUACAUCAACAACGAUCGUGGACCUCAUGCAAUGGACAAGGCUAUUCUGUCGUCUUCACAUCUGGACACCCUGGACUUUACUGCUCUUGCAAAACGACCAUGCGACGUUUGUCCUUCGGAGAUGUCCGAGCUGAAACAGUGCCUACUCCAAGUCCGCAACUUGAAGACUCUGCGUUUGCAAGUCGGCGACCUUUCCUGGCACACUUCCUGGCACAUGAAUGACAACUACAAAGAAAGCCCGCUCAAUCUUCCGUUUCGGGACGGUGAUAUGUUCCCGGCACUCGAGGAGUUGACCUUAGAUCCAGAGCAUCAGAACUACUUUCCAACUGCAGAGAACUGUCAGAUGUGGUCACGUUGCAUGGAUUGGGGUCGGCUACAUACCUUAGAUCUCGGUCACGGUACCCCUACAGCCCUUCUACAAGCAUUGACAGGACGUGUGUCACAGCUCAAGACACUCGGCUUCGGCUUCUGGGAGGGUUACGGCGCUGCGAGGGCUUAUUGGAACUCGAACAGGGACAUGAAAGUUCUUGAGCGUUUUCUCAAUUCAAUCGAUGCACUGAGAAAUGUGAAGACGUAUUGUGAUGAUGACGACGACAUGCAAAUGGUGCGACCUACACUUCUAGCCAAGCAUGGACAGAGCCUGCGUAGUUUGGAAGCAAAAUAUGCAAGGAGUGUAGCGUGGGAACCCGAGCACUUUCACAAUCUAGCGGAGACAGCUCGAGGGAUAAAGAUAUUACGAUUGCCAAUGAAAGUGCAGAGAAAAGAGGGAACGAAGGGGUCAAGCGUAUGGCCGGACGAUCAGGCUACGGGCAAGACAUCGGUCGUUGCACGUUUGAAGAAGCUCCUCACCAUCUCUAGCUCGCAGAAGCAUGGUGUUUCUUCGCUCAAACCCUCGGCUCUGUCGUUUUCGCCAUGGACACCGCCGAGCGCCGCGACUCAUCGAUCUGUCCACUCAGCGCUGACUUCGUUUCGCAACCUCGAACAGCUUCACCUCACAUUUUAUCUGGAUGUAGACACAUACCAGCUGAUUUCAUACCCGAAUUCAUGGUCAGUGGGUUCACCUCAGAUCAAAGAGAAGGUUGCCCAUAACUUAAUGCUGCGCUUAUGGCACGACUUUGGUCGGGAAAGCGCGAUUCAGCGAAUCGAAGUGGCCUUCGUCGCAGCGGGUGGAAGUACAAAGAUAUGGCACUAUACCGUAUCCCGAAAAUGGGAGAAGAGAAGGUCGGAUGGCAUAUGGAAGGACAAGGUUGUAGUCGAGAUGUGGCAAGAGGGGAAGGAUUACGAUCCGAGCACUUUCGAUCCGUUUGGUUAG